AUGUUUGUGUUUAAAGCUUUGUUAGAUGCGAAAGUUAACAAUAAUAGGCUAAGUUCGCAUUCAAAAGUCAUGAAGAAAUUUCCAAUUGCAUCACUGGAAAUGGUUUCCAGGAAGAAGGAUUAUUUAAAUGAGAAUGUGGAUAAAGUUGAUUUUAUGGUUAAUUCUCGUGAUCAUCCUAUCGAAAUAGAUGAUGAUGAAGUAUCAGAAGAAAAAGAAUUUCGAUCUGGUGAAGUAAGAAGGAGAUCUAUUAACAGCAACGUUGGUUUUAAUAAAUAUGGAGUGGCUAAUGAGUUUGGCAAAUAUGGAUGCAUUGAAACUAAGUUGCAUGUGGAUUGUGAGGGUGGUCAUAAGGAAAAGUGUUUAGAUGAGGGUAUUCCUUCUUUUAAUUUAGGAAUUGAGGAUGACAUCUAUACUCCUCCAAAUGUGAAUGCAGGUGUUGCUUUGGUUAAAAUACUUGAGAAUGAUAUGAUUUCAUUGAGACCAAAGAGAAGUCAAACGUUUCCUCCAGUUCUUAGGUCUCCAUUUUUUGUACGAGCUAUUGAGAUUGAUAGUAAUUUGACGAAGGAGGAGAAUAUCAAGUCCAAUUGGCUAUUCAGCUUAUGUGGAAAUCCAACGGAUGAUCUUUUUCAUAGCAUAAAUGGUCAACGUGGGGAAAGAUACAUGUUUGAGAACUUAUAUCCGGGAGAAUUUCUUUUUUCUGGGACUAUUGAUUGUUUUGUUGAAGUAUUGAACUAUGAUGAGAGAGCAAGGAAUUUGGAUACUCCUUCAUGUUUCUUCUUUAAGACAGCAGUAUUGGAUCAUGCAUACAUGCAUAGUGAAGCAUGUAAAUAUGAUGAGUACCAGAAUUAUAAAGAAAAUGUUUUCAUUGUUUGGAACAAUCUAAAGACCGAAGAAAUUUAA